AUCUACUUGGAACUUGUGGCAGGUAAAAAAGACCAGAGAAAGCCCCUUGCACAGCUGCAUCCUUCGUCUCUUCCCAUGGCAACUCUUCCUCCUCCUCCCACUGGCUCCCUCCCAGAAGAAACCCAAAAGGAGAAGAAAGGGGAGGAACAAAACCCAACACCCUUGCAGGAGUAUGACGACCUCAUCUCCACCCUCCCACUGGAUGAAGGAUGGCUUCCCGUGCGGCUUCGGAAAUACCAAGGCUCUUGGUUCCCCGAACUCAACCUGCCGGGUGUUAUCGCUAUCCAGCAACACUUCAAGGCUCGACCCACCGACCUCUUCGUGCUGAGCUUCCCCAAGGCCGGAACCACCUGGCUAAAAGCACUGACAUUCGCCAUCACGACUCGGACCCAACAUCCCUUGGCUCACCACCCUCUCCAUAGUCUCAACCCUCAUCAGUGCGUGGUCACCAUGGACAGAAUCUUCGCCCUUGGUCAGGCUUCCACGAUAGAAGCUAUGCCUUCUCCUCGCAUCCUCAGCACCCACAUGCCUUUCUCUCUGCUGCGGGACUCGAUCGAGGGCUCCGGCUGCCGGAUCAUAUAUGUCUGCCGGGAUGUCAAGGACGUGUUGGUCUCCUGGUGGCACUUCAAUGACAAGAUGAGGCCUCCGGAGAUGGACCGAGUUCCAUUUGCGAAGGCCUUGGAGAUGUUCUGCGAGGGUAUUUGCCCCUCCGGCCCGAUAUGGAGUCAUGUUCUCGAGUACUGGGAGGAGAGCUUGAGAAGGCCGGAGAAGGUGCUGUUCUUGAAGUAUGAGGAGAUGAUGGAGGAGCCCAUGUCGCAUGCCAAAAGAUUGGCCGAGUUCAUGGGGUGCCCGUUCUCCCUGGAGGAAGAGAGAGAAGGGGUGGUAGAGGAGAUCUUGAAGCUCUGCAGCUUUGAGAAGCUGAGAAACUUGGAGGUCAACAAGACGCAUAAACGCGACGCCGUGCACCUCGCGAAGUUUGACUCGCUCUUCAGGAAAGGAAAGGUGGGGGAUUGGAGGAACCACAUGAGCCCGGAGAUGGCUCGCAAGCUGGACGAGAUCACCCAGCAAAACUUCAAGGAUUCCGGUUUCACCGUCUGACAGUGCUGUGGGUUUGCAAUAAUCCUUUUUUUUUUGGCUGAAAUUUGCAAUAAUCCUUCGCAAGGAGUUUAGUUAAUAAGCCAACUGCAGUUCUAGAGAGAGCUGUUUCUGUUGAACUGCACUGCAAAGUAGCCAGUUUUUUAUAAAUUUGUACUUCCUUUCGAUAUUAAAUCUAAGUCAUGCAGCUUGUAAUCUCUGGUUAGCCUUCGCUAACCAAGUUUGGUUCUGGUUUUGAAUAAAUUUGAUUUGGGUUUUUCCCCAAGCCUUUUCUCUCA